GGGAGACAGAGAGAGAGAGAGGGGAGUGAGGGAGCAUGAGUUAGAAGGGACCGGGGUGGGUGAGUGCUGCGAAAUCCGUUAACAGGGGAGCACUGUGUGUUUGUGAGACAUCUUGGAGCUGUGCCCAACUUGGCUCAUUGUAAUCGAGGCAUGAUCAGCGACUCUGGGCAGCUCCUCUCCGGCGCCGCGGCUGCCUAGCGCCUGGACCCUGCCCAGCUCCCACCGCUGACAUGGAAAGACCUACCCCGAGCGACGUGAUGCUCAAGCGGGACCAUGAGCGAGACACGGACCUGGAUAAGAAGAUCGAGGCCCUCCGCAGGAAGAACGCAGUUCUCAUGAGGAGGUACCAGGAGGUGGAGGAAGACAAGAAGAUGGCGGAGGAGGACGUCGUGAGCCCGCAGGGCCGCAAGGGCAAGGCCGACGACCUCAGCAUCACCAUCAGCAAGUCCGCCAGUGAGAGUCGCGUGGUGGUGGCCAAGCGGUGUGCGGUGGGGGGGCAGCCGGGAGCGGGGCCCAGCCGGACCGGGGAGGGGUCCCUACCGGGCUGCGGGCGGGGUCGCAAGAAGCAGCUCACGGUCACCAUGGCCGGGAAGAAGGGGAAGAGGGUGGUGAGCGAGAGGGCGGAGCCAGGACCGCCAGGGGACGGAGUGAGGGGGCCCGACCAGGACCCACCAGCCCAGGGCGGCGACGCGGCAGGCGGAGCCAAACACGCCCACCACGCCUCAUCAAAGAGGGGCCCCGCUGCCAUGCAGGAGUGCGAGGUCGCGCCGCCGUGCACGGACCUCACCGUGCCAACCUCCCCGGAGGAGCUGCAGGACUACUUGUGCUGGAAGCGCGACCGGGAGCGCAUCGACCGGGAGCGCGUGGCGCGCCACAAGAACGCCAAGGGCCAGUGGAGGCGGGCGUGGGACGCGGACAAAUCGGAGAGCAUGUUUUCUGACAAGUGUCUUCCUGAGAAGGAGCGCGGCCCAACCAGCAGAGGUGGGAGGAACGCACGGAGAGCCCAUCCCAGGACACAUCUCCAGGAGCCACAGGGCCCCGUGAGGGACAAAGUCAAAGACAAGGGCCCCAAAGGCGUUCCGGGGGUGAGCAGCAAAGCCCAGGGCGUGGACCGCCUGACAGGGCGGGCCCGGAGAUGGGAUGCCGACGAGGCAGGGGAGCCAGCGCAGUCCACCGACACAAGCUUGGAAGAACUCCUGGAAGAACUCGAUGCCUCGAGCGAGCCCGAAGACAAAGAGGAGGACGACGCCAAUGAUCAGGGUGGAGAGCGCAAAGACAGGGACCCCCCAAAGGGGAAGACUUUCCCCGGCCCAGAGGUGAUCCCCUCCGGGGUGGUCCCGGGCGGUCCGGCCUCUGAGGGGCCGGAGCGGAGCGGUGGGUCCCCCGCGGCUGGGGGUGGGCGGCCCCGGACGAAGAACGGGGCGGUCUCCUGCCCCAGAGGACCGGAGAAGAGGGUCCGCUUCUCCGAGGAGCUCAUCAAGGGGGCGGAGCGCCCCACAGCCUCCACGGGGCCCGCCGUCCCCCAACCCCCCCUCCCUCGAGAGGGGGGUGAGGUGGCUGUGGUGGGGGAGGCGGGGGAGGUGGGUGAGAGGGGGGAGGUGGCAGAGGUGGGGGAGGCUUCAUCUUCCAGCAGAAGAACCCACCGGGAGUCUGCCGAUCCCCAGAGUCCUGCUCCGGGACCCACCGACGGAGCGCAGCCUGUUGUCCCGCAGCCUGUUGUCCCGCAGCCUGUUGUCCCGCAGCCUGUUGUCCCGCAGCCUGUUGUCCCGCAGCCUGUUGUCCCGCAGCCUGUUGUCCCGCAGCCUGUUGUCCCGCAGCCUGUUGUCCCGCAGCAGGUCCCCUCCCUGACGGAACUUGGAGAACAGAGCAGCGACGCCCCCCCUGAGCAGUGUGGGGGGUGUCGUCCGGAGAGCCCAGAGGGACCCACCCAACACGCCAAGUGCAAUAUCAGCAACAGGAACACAGAGGAGCGCAUAGAAGGUCUCUCCGUGCUGAGCUUGGAGUCGAGGGACACGUGUUCAAAAGCCGCCACCAACACUGACAAGGCAAGAGAGAACGGGAAAAUUGUCUGAGGCGAUUUCUGAAAUAAAAAAACUGCAACCAAAACACAGUGUUGACAUCGAAGACUUACCCAGCUGGAGUUUAAAACUUUUACUUCCUGUUUGCCUUUUAUUUAUCUUUUCUAUUGCUUUGUGAAGUUGCCAUUGUGCUGGGCUGUGUGUGUGUGUCCCAAUCGUUGCGUGAGCACAGCAUUGUUGGCAAUCUCACACGUUUGCUACAGUACCCUUAUUAAUAACUUCAACAAAAUGCCAAGUGGCCAUUGAUCAGCAAGUUAAGACAAAGGUCACCUUGCAAUACUAUAGGGGUCAAGGUUGAAAUAGGCUCCCAUCACUAAUAUCCUGGAUGGUGAUGAUAGGUAAACACAUGGGAGCCUAUGUUAUGAGGCCCUGCCACUCGGAGCUAAACAUCUUAAUUUGAACACAGGAACGGAAGAGCGUUUACUGGAAAGAAAUCUUCCCCUCGUUUUGCUUCCAAGCACUUUAAUGACGAGUAUUGUCAUAAUAUACACUGUGUUCGAAUGCUGUUUACUUGCGAGAUUUAUGAAUGUGUCUUUUGUUUACAUUUUAAGGAGGUUUUUUUGGUGGGGGUUUCUGCACCACUUCUUGGUGGGAUGUUCAGUGGUAUUUUGUAUAAAUACGAAAGUAUUCAUAGGUUAAGAUCUGCACAUCUACACAAUAUCCAAGUUGCACACAUUUAACACUGUAGAAUCCAGAUUUUUUUUUUUCCAACAUCGUUUUUUAAGGAGCAACAUGAAGUCUUUCAAAGUCCUGCGGUGACUUUAACCAAGACCUGACUUGGUAAUUCACUCAUGAAGGGUGAAUUACCUUUCUGUAUAUCUAUACAAGUUUUCUAACAAGGAUUUUAAAUGUUAAUAUUACGUUUGAAUCGUCUUUUGUAUUGUGUUACUACAAAGCUAAGCAGCCUUGCAAGACAACUCGCAACGGCUCAACUUGUCCAAUCGGGGCGCAUGGUUGGCGCCAAUCAACGUCAGUGUUUAGAGGUCACUAGCAGAAGCUUAUAGCCUAACGUAGCAACCUUCCAUAUAAUACUGCUUAACUUCCCUGAACAACACCAAUAUUUUGCACUAGUGUACUUCUCAGUACAUCAUGACUUGGCAUCAGCAGCUUCAAAAGGCCUCCUUUGAUCAAUCAUGAGGACUAUCCCUCUAGUAAGGGCAAUGGAAACUUGAUACAAUAAUAAUAUUUUAAUGUAAGGGUAGGCACUUUUUAUUCAUAUCUGUUGAGAUUCUCUUUACAUCUGGACAGCAAUCAAUAAAUCAAAUGCUGUGACGAAAAAAUACGAAAAUCUUCAAAAAGAAGCCUGUCCAAUCAUUUUAUUCGGCCCGAAUGAAAUGAUUGGAUGGCAUACCCAUCAAUCUACCUACUAGCCAGCAACCUGCACACAAUCUGCCCGCCCACCCAUUGCGCAUAACCAGAGUUAUCCACAAGGCUUUUGAGGGAGGGCUGGAGGAGUGGGAUUUUUCUCGUUUGACGCUUUCAAAUUCAAGCUUACUCUGGCUGCUCUCUCCAAACUGCCUACCCCACCAUUAACACUAAAUAGUUGGCCUCUCACGAUAACCUUUAAACAUGAUGGCUGUAAAAGCCAGAUCGAGUCUCAGUGUUUGAAGACAGCCUUGCUCUGCUUCCAAGUUGAAUUUUAAUGCGUUCACAUGUCGCAGAGUGGGGUUGAUAGUGAUUCAUUUGCACAGCACAUGCUAAUUGCUUUCGUAUUGCGGGCUCGAAAGGGUCUCGCUUUUCUGCCUUAAUUUACAUAUACUAAAGGCAUGAAACAUUUCAAGGCUAAUGAGAGCCACCACAUGAACUGAACAAGCGGAAUUGGUUAGUGUUUUUUAUAUUGGGCCCCAAACGCGUUGGUUAAUGUCUUUUGUAAUCGUUAGUGAGAACUAUUGCGUUUUAAGCCAUUGUUGUUCUUAUAGAUUGAAUGUGCCUUACAUAUAAGUUUCUCCAAAUGAGGAAGAGGACAAACGUUAUGGUAACACCAUACAGUAAUCUGUACUAGCAUAGUGACAGUGCACUAUUGUUAUUUCUGAUUGUAUUUAAUGGCCUUUUCAUAUGGAAACCUGAAUGUUAGAAACUAGGAUUCUGCAAACAGUUUUAACAAUGUUACAUGUUGUGUUUCGAUUCUGUAAAGAUUUAUUUAUUAUCAUGUAAUAUUAAUUUUUUACCAUAGCACUUGACAAUAAUGAAUACAAUUCACGUCACUUUAGUGAUAACAUAUAGUUUAUGUCACUGUUUACCAGAUCAAUAAUAUGCUCUUAGAUACAGCAAGGGUCUAUAAUCGACAGCCUUUUGAAUAUGUAGUGUGCAAAGCAGCGGUCAGAGUCAUUCCAUUUCUCCGUAGAGAAGUAUGGUAUUUGAAGGGUUGCAUGAUCAAGUAUGUGAACUGGGUGUACUGCUGUGAGUACUGUCAACGUUUAGGUUCAGGUAACGUUCUUUAACACAUGGAACACAGACUAUUGCACUGUGUAAUACAUGCUGCUGUCCAACAUUUUCUGAAGUCCUUUUGGACAUCUUUAGUGAAGGCCAUCUAGAAUGUGAUUAAUCAGUUUGUCGACAAUGCAAGGGUCAGUUCUCUCAUAAAUGAUUCAUUCAUGAGAUGGGUCGGUACUGCGAAGCCCAGUUUAGGGUUGUAGGUGAUUGUUUAAGGAGGUUUUGCUUCAGGUAGAUCUUCUCUAUCCUAAUGGCAGAUUUGAAUGGUCUGAUAAUUUUUUGGGAAGGAUGGUUCUGAUUGGACGGAGACUUCCCCGCUCUUUGUUCUCACAUUGUAGGAUAAAGGAAGGCACUGGUUCAUGUUUGUUUUAUGUGAUGCGCACUAGUGAACUGUUGCAUUUACCUGUGUAUGUAAUGUCAAUAGAGCUGUUUUCGCAGUGUUUUUUCUCUUUAAAUGAAAGAAAAGCUCUUGAACGUGAAACAUCUGUGUGCGAUUCUACACAUAAAACGAUUGAGUGGUGGGAUACAGCGCAUUAAUAAAAGGCUUUCUGUAUUUUA